AUGGCUCUCCAUCUCCUUAUUCUACUCCUCAUCUCCCUCUUAGCAGCAGCCUUCUCCGUCUCGGAAGUGGACGUUGCAAUCAUCGGCGCAGGCUUAUCCGGCCUAUCUGCAGCAAAAGACAUCGCCGCCGCUGGUAAAACCUUUGCCAUACUUGAAGCCCGCGAUCGUGUCGGAGGUCGCGUCCUGAACGUCGAACUUCCUGGCGGUAUCGUCGAGGAAGUUGGGGCCGAGUUCGUGGGUCCAACGCAGGACCGAGUCCUAGCACUUGCAGCUGAACUGGGGCUAGCUACAUAUCCAACCUAUAACACAGGAAAUUGCACUUUCCUGAGAAACGGUACAGUUACCAAUUACACAUGUGAAUUGGGUAGUGCUAGUCUUCCUCCCUUGGCCACUGAGGCUUUGAUCGAGGUGGUUACACUCCAGCAGCAGCUUAAUGCCCUCGCCGCCGAAAUUAAUGUGCAGGCACCAUGGGACCAUCCUAACGCCUCUGUGUGGGAUACCAUGACUCUGGGGACCUUCUUUGCCUCGCAGCUUACGUUGUCUGAUGCGAAGUUUCUCCUCAAUACAUUCGUUACUGGGGUUCUGGCCACAGAGACUAAUGAGCCCUCGCUGCUGUAUACACUCGCUUACAUCGCGGCAAGUGGGAAUGAGACGGAGGUGGGAACUCUGGAUCGGCUUAUUGAUGUGGUAGGGGGUGCUCAGGAGAGUCGAAUAGUUGGCGGGACCCAGCUUAUAGCGUUGAGGUUGGCGGAUAAAUUGGGAACUGAGAAUAUCCACCUUGGCAGUCCUGUUGGGAGAGUGCAACACAACAACGGGCAAUACAUGAUCAUCUCGAGUGAGACUCAGAUCAUAGCAAAGCGAGUCAUCGUCGCAAUGUCCCCUCCCAUGGCCGCACGCAUCUCCUAUGAUCCACCUCUACCCCCAGCACGAGACCAACUCACUCAGCGCAUGGGCAUGGGAUCAAUAGGCAAAGCAAUAGCCAUCUAUCCCACACCUUGGUGGCGUGAGCAGGGGCUGAAUGCGCAAGCACUUGCCGAUACCGGCAUCGUCCACAUAACGUUCGACAACACCCCGGUUGAUGAAUCCGUUGGCGCUAUCAUGGGGUUCAUUGUCGGGGAUGACAUGAGACUAGUGGACAAGAUGAACGAGACCGAGAUUGAAGCAGCAGUUAUUGACAGCUUCGUGGGUAUAUUUGGUCCACAAGCCGCGCAUCCCGACCAUUUGAUCGUUCAGCGCUGGGACUGGGAAGAUGUGCUCACUGAUUAUGGUGAGUAUUUGAGGGAGUCGGCGGGUGGGGUUUACUUUGCCGGUACGGAGGCGUCAUACUAUUGGACUGGGUAUAUGGAUGGGGCUGUGCGGUCAGGAGAACAUGUGGCGGCGGAGGUGUUGAGAUCGUUGGAGUGA